AUGACCGAGGCGACCGAGUCGCAGGAAGACAUGAGGAUGCCUGAGCAACCUCCGUUUACAUCGUGCAAGAACGUUGCGUCAAAAGUGUCAGGAGUGUAUCUAAUUCGUAUCAACAACGGUACUUCCCCAUUUAAAGCAUUUUGUGAGCAAGAGAAGUUUGAUGGUGGUUGGCUUGUUGUGCAGCAUCGGUUCGACGGAUCGGUUGAUUUUUACCGUAACUGGGCCCAAUACCGUGAAGGUUUUGGCGAAGUGGAUAACGAAUUCUGGCUCGGGUUGGAAAAAAUGCACCAGCUCACGACGGCUCGGCCACAUGAAAUAAUUAUCGAGUUAAAGGACUUUAGCGGCAACUACGCGUAUACUCGCUACGAUGAAUUUAAAAUAGGUAGUGAGAGUGAGCACUACACACUAACGCUUGGCAAGUAUAGCGGAAAUGGAACUGACUCGAUGACGCGUAACAAUGGAAAGAAAUUCGCAGCGACGGAUCGAGAUGAUAUGGAUAAACCAUAUGUCCCCGGUGGUUGUGUUGCAGCCUUUAGAAGCCCUUGGUGGCACGACGAUUGCACCUAUGCGAACUUGAAUGGACCGUACAACAAUGCGUACGACAUUAGAACCAUGUUUUGGUAUGCAUGGAAACGCUACCAAGGAAUGAGCUACACAAGAAUGAUAAUACGCGAAGUUUAA